CUCUCCACCGUGGUGACGUCACCAGAAACACGUGGGUUUGUUAUUGCAGGAAGUGAAGAUGGCGGCUCAGUCGUUGCUGUCCGAGUCUGUGCUCGGGUGGUCUAUUUUCACCUUUAUACUUUUGGCAAUCCUGGCUUUCUGUUGGGUCUACAUUCGGAAAUUUCAAAGUCGUCAGGAGAGUGAAGUUGUUUCAACUAUCACAGCAAUAUGUGCUCUGGCCAUUGCUUUGAUAACGUCUGCACUUCUACCAGUGGAUAUAUUCCUCGUUUCAUUCAUGAAGUAUCCCAAUGGUACCUACAAGGAAUGGGCAGCAAACAAUGAGACGAGGGGCCAAAUUGAAGACACUGUGCUGUAUGGAUAUUACACACUUUACUCCAUCAUACUAUUCUGUGUCUUCCUAUGGAUCCCCUUUGUUUAUUUCUACUAUGAAGAAAGGGAUGACGACAAUGUGAACAAAUGCUCGCAAGUGAAAAACGCUCUGAAGUACACAAUUGGAUUUGCGAUUGUCUGCGUGGUUCUCCUUUUAAUUGGAGCCUUUGUUCCACUCGAGACCCCACCUGGCCAGAAUUCCACUCAAUGGGAGAAAGUACAAUACCUUUUUGAGGAGCUUGGAAGUAGUCAUGGUCUACCGGCUCUGUCUUUCUCCAUCAGCUCCUUGACCUUGAUUGGCAUGCUGGCAGUGAUAACUUACACGGCUUAUGGUAUGUCUGUCCUGCCUUUGAAUCUGAUAAAAGGCACACGGAGUGUGGUGUAUGAACGCCUGGAGAACACAGAGGACAUUGAUGAUGUUGAGCAUCAGAUAGAAAAGCUGAAAUCCAAGUGUAAAGAUGGACGUCCCCUUUCCUCAAGGGACAGACACAACCUGCAGGAGCUGGAGGGCAAACUGCAGGUCCUCCGGCGCAGGGGGAGACACCUGGAAAUUGCAGAGAGGAACUGCUGCACUAAAGUGGGCAGUGCUCUCAGACCUUUCAAGAUACUGUUGGGUGUUUUCUUUAUCCUGGUUGCACUGCUGUUCACUGUUGCCCUGUUCAUUUCAAAUUUGGAUAAAGCUCUCCACUCUGCUGGCAUGAGCUCUGGGUUCAUAAUCUUUGGCACCAACUUAACCAAUCCUCUGAAUGAACUUCUAUUAGCCUUACAACCCGUUUUUCCACUGGAUUAUAUCUUGAUCACAGUCAUUACCAUGUACUUUGUACUCACAUCCAUGGCUGGCAUUCGCAACAUGGGCAUCUGGUUCUUCUGGAUAAGGCUGUACAAAAUAAGACCAAAGAGAACUCGUCCCCAGGCUCUUCUCUUCCUCUGUAUGAUUCUUCUCUUGAUCGUCCUUCACACCAGCUACAUGAUCUACAGCCUAGCCCCUCAAUAUGUCAUGUAUGGCAGCCAGAAAUAUCGUGUGCAGCGUCAGAUGCCCUCAUCAGGUCCUACGUAUGGGAAUGGUACAUUUGGCACCACAAGGAUCUGUGAUGCUGACGCGCCUGAGGACCAGUGCACAGUGACAAGAUCCUAUCUUUUCCUCCACAAGUUCUGGUUCUUUAGUACCAUCUACUACUUCGGUAACUGGGCCUUUAUUGGGGCUUUCCUCAUUGGUUUGGUGGUGUCCUGCUGCAGAGGGAAGAAAUCAGUGAUUGAAGGAGAGGUGGAGGCCGAUGACUCAGACAUAAGUGAUGACGAAUAUGUGCACUGAAAAUCAGUAUUCGCUUGAUCGGGUUUGUAGAUAUGCCAGCCAUAACUUAAAGGGGCUAGAAAGUAUAAUUUCAUAAACAAAUAAAUGACUGUCAGUAAUUCGUCAUAAUUGAAUUUAUUGGUCUUAAGGAGUUAUUGUAGUGGUGCUGGGAUUCCAGCCUUGUUUUGAGUUGGCACGUCCCUCCCCUUAAUGAUACCAGUCAGACUGAUUGUUGUGUCUUUCUCAGUCAAUAUUAUUGAUGACUCGGGGAUGCUGGGAGUGUCGUCCAACUCAAUCCUACCUUGGGAAUACACUUCUCACCACUCUGAAGCUGACAGAAAUUGGUCAUUUUUCUACUGGAGGAGUCACAUUAUUGCGGCAGCAGAGACAGUCAUAUGCUGCGACAAAACUUUAUGUGUAAGCUUUAUUUGGAGACAGAGCUUAGACAUAAAUUGAGUUUUUCCAUUCUCUACGCACUUUCUAGAUGCUUUAAGUGGUCUGUGAGUCUAUAGUUGGCUUUAGUAUACCUUUUAAGAUAAAAUACUGAAAACAAAAGAGUUUACAUGCUGUUCUGCUCGCUGUCUUUCUGAAAAGCUAAUAGGUAUAAAAAUAAUGAAUCGUAAGUGUUGACAGCAGUAACAUUUUCAAAGUUUAUUUUGCUUGUUUUUUGUCUGAGGUUGAAUAUAUUGCUAGUGCAUUUGCUGCUUUUUCCUCCUGCACUUAGUUAUUUGCAGAAUAUCAGACCAUUAUUUAAGCAAAUGUUGCUCUACUUGCAUACCUGUACUGUGGGUGUAAUGUAAAGGACCAAUUGCGGCUGUUGUGUUUUCAAAGUUUCAGUUAUUCUUGGUUUUUAAUUAAACAGCUUAGGGAAAAAAUAGAAUUAAUUAAUUAUGGGUGUAAUUUUCUUUUAAUUAAGGAUACGUCUCAUUUUUUCCAGCACUCUAGAGUUUAUCUGCAGCAGGCUUGUGACAUAGUAUAUAAUGGCUUUUUUUUUUUUCAGCCAUAUUUUUUUCAUUGUAUUUAGAAGUCUCUAUGAAAAUGAAUACAAAAUGUUGAUUAAUUAACAAUUAACAAAUUUGCAGAAAAUAUGAAUGACAUUUUUUAAAAUUUGGAAAACCAAAUGUUUGUGCCUCAUGAAUGUACGAAUAGUACCAUGAUGGGUACACACUCCUGUAUAUGCUGCCCUGAAUUAGCCUCACAGGAAACAGCCUGAAUCGCAGUGAAUUUUUUUCUUUUCUUUUGAGAUUUUAGUCUGAUUUACCUUCGUUGAGAAUCAGUGGAGCCAGCAGCUGGAAAUGUGGUUAGAUGAUGAUCACAGAGGGUGCAUCUAAUGCAGUUUUCACCUGUGACUGUUUGAAAAGAGUGCCGUUGUGGAAGUUGUGUCCAUAUUAAAUGGAACCUGUAUUUAAAGAAAUAAAACGAUUUCAAACACAGUAGUAAAAUACAUUUUUUUCCCCCAGUUCCAGAUAUUUGAAACCUUUCUUUUAAUACCUGAUACAUUUAAACCUGUUAAAUUUUGCAUUCUGACAUUUCAUUUUCCCUCAACAUGAUGUCUCCCUUCUACAGUCUCGGCUAUUGAAGCACAGAAACCGUAACUAUGAAUGGUUAAUAUUUUGAUAUUUAUCUAACAUUUCUGUCAAACUUGUGUGGAAUAGAGCCAGCUAUUAUACAGUACAGUUAUUUUUGUUAUCUUUUUAUCACAUAGUAUCUGUAUUGCACAUAAUGACGUGUCAAUCAGGUGCAAAUUAUUUCUGUAUUGGUGGACCAGUUAGUGAGUACAUUACUAGUACUACAUAACUAAUUUUUAGUACCACAUGCUAAGUCUCAGCCGU